AAUCCUGAUAGGUUAGUCGAUCUCACAAAGCACUUCUUAUCGAUUCUUAUUAUUGAUUAAAAAUAAAAUCAAUAUGAGCUGGAUUUUCGUUUGUUUGUUCUCGGUUUUUGUGGUAAUAAAUGCAUUGCCACAAGUUAGAUAUCAAGCGGGAGACGCUCGAUUGAGACGAUCAUCGCCAAGAGCUGCCGUUAUGUUUGGUAGAUAUUACGGUCGCCCGAUUAAAAGAAACACCGAAAAUGAGUACAUUCCAGCCCCCCAAAAUGCCAUGUCGGCUUUUGUUGUUGGUGAGACGGUGGGUACCAGUUCUUAUGUCGGCGAGGUGGGAAAUUACGACUCUAAUCUUAACACAGUGGAAGCAGCUGAUUCGUUUGAGUCCGAGCAGACCGAAAAAGUCGUUCAAAAUAACGUUUAUAAACCUCCAUCGGAAGAUUUUACGACUAUUUCACCCCCCAUCGAAGUUACAGAACUCGGCGCCGAAGAGGUACCUCAUCCAGAAGCAACCACCGUAACUGUUAAAAGACGUCCAUCUAGCAGCAGCAGCAAACCAUCUUCAGUGGCCACCGAUGUUCAAAAGGACGAAAACGAAGACGACGAGGAUCAAAGCGGAUUUUGGCCUUUCAAAGUUAACAACCGCGGACAACCGGUAUACAAUGCGUUUUUCCCUAUAACGUUGGGAGGAUUAGGUGGAAGAUCCAGGGUUAAAGCGUACGAUGGCAUAGAAGAACUCCCUUCUCCUGGUGCAGCAACAGCUAUUGCUAAUAGCUUUAGCACUGGAAAAGGGGGAGUAGCCACAAGCCACGCUACAUCUUACGGCGAUCCUUACCUAAGUACUCUCCUGAGAAGCGGAUUCAGCUUUAAUAAAAACAAAAACCUACAAGGUGUAACGCUCUAAAAAUUAUAAUCAUUUUUUAAUAAGUUUUUCAGAUGAUGUUAAAUUAGUAACUAUGUCAUUUGUAAUUAAGCAAUUGUUGUGAAAUACAUGUUUCUGAGUGGAAA